AUGAGGGUUAGAAUUUGUCGUUGGCUCUACUUCCGGGACACUGGCCAUCAUAACCUGAGACAUCCUGCAGACUUAAGGGGAAACUCGGGAGUAGCAAACGCUGUUCGUGUCUUUAAUCUAAUCAUCUGCAUAGCAACUGCUUCACAAACAUGGAUCGGGCUCCAUUUGGCGUCACUUGAUGACGACAUCACCUUUCAUCUCGUACUGUCUAGCUUCUUCUAUCAGGGCUGUCAAGACGGACCCUGUGUCGGACCCAGUCGGAGCAGCUGCUGUAGAGAUCGCAGGCCCCUCGGCCGAGGGAGAGGCGUCAUUGGUGGCAUCAAGCUGGCUUCCCAGCCUAGUCUAGGGUCGGCUAGGUCGGCCGACGUCAGUCCGGUACCCGGCGGCGGCUAUAAGGCCAUUGUGGAUGCGGGCUCCGGCGAGGAGAGAAAAAUUAGGCGAGAGGGCAGUUGUAGAACUUGGUGUCCAUGUUAUCCGAUGACCCGACUGAUUGAGACGAGCGGGUUGGUUCGUGUCAAGGGCCAGCGUGAGAAGUCAUCCUUUCGAGAUCGUCAGGCGUGGAUAAGCCAAUGCGGCAGGGCGAAUAGGACAAUCGCGCCUCUACAACAAGCCUCUAACUUCCCAAGUUUCCUGGUCGCUUUGGGAAACAAGAUGGCUUCUUGCUUAAUCACCGUCUGCCUCGUCGCGAUCGUCGCCGCUUCUCCAGCUUUUGUACCUCGAACCACCAAUGCCACCAAGUUCGACCCCGAGCGUGGUAUCUCCCCCGGAGAAGUUCUCCUUGUAGGCCACGACCGUAGUAAGUGGAGGGAUCAACCGUCAUCUACCUUUCCUCCGAUAUUUCUCGUCUCCAUGAGAUGCAAAUCCUUGGCACAGAACGCGUCCUUGGAGGUUUUGAACCAAUAUGACUACUCGGCUAUGGUUACAGCCAGCGGCAUUUUAUCCUCGCCCCCUGAUAUUGACCACUCCCUUCUGGACUUUGAUGAGCCCACAGGAGAAACGAAGCAUUUCGAUUCCCGCCAAGCAAGCUGCGAUAUGACCACUGCCGUCGUUAUCACCAGAACCGAUAGAUUCUACGAUUGGGACCUCCAGAUGAGCCCUGUAUCGAUUGCUGGCGGCAACCCCGUUGAUAUCAGUCUGACAUCGACCUUACACUUCAGCCCGACUAUUAUCAAGGGAUUCUUGGCGGCUAACUUCGGCUUUCGGGCUCCAAGUCUUGGGCUACGGCCCAAGCCAUCAUGGUGA